AUGGAUCAAAGAGACCACCAAUAUCUGGAGCCUCUCAGUAUAUGCAACAGGCUCUACAACUUCAUCAUGAGAUCUCUGGCGACGCAAGCCUUCAAAACCGUCACCUUAGGCUGCUCAUCGUCACAACCUCACCAUUUCGACGCUAAAGCUGAUCUCGGUGAAGAGAAGAGUGAUGCAUCGGUUAGUUUUGAGAUGAUCAAGUCACAAGAUCAGGAAGCUAGGUCGAUAGGGGGUACUUCUUUGCGUUGUUUGCUUGCUGCUGAAGCAAAACCACCCAAGAAAGUUGUGAGCAUAAAUGACAGGGUCGAGGAGAUAGAUGUGGGUAAGAAGAAGAAGAUUACAAGGAAGGGAUCAAGUGUAAAUUUGGGUUCAUAUGAAGGGCAAAGAGAUGGUGAAAAGCCUUUGAGAUCAAUUCUCAAAGUUGGUUCCAAGAACUUGGGUUGA